UAGUUCAACAAUACCUUUACUUCCCAUCUCCAAAUAUGAAGCGGAUUCUUUUCCUUUCGCUCCUCAUUUCUACCCUCUUUUCUCUUUCCUUCUCAGAGCUCUGCAACCACCAUGACAAAAAGGUUCUCCUCCAAAUCAAACAACACUUCGGCAAUCCUUACCUUCUUGCCUCUUGGAAGUCGGACACCGAUUGCUGCAAAUGGUACCAGGUCAAGUGUGAUUCUACCAACCACCGUAUCAUUUCUCUCACCAUUUUCGCCGGUGAACUUUCCGGCGAAAUCCCCCCUGCUGUUGGUGAUUUACCUUAUCUCCAAACCCUUGAGUUCCACAAGCUAACAAACAUUACAGGCCCCAUACAACCCGCCAUUGCCAAGCUCAAAAGCCUCAAAAUUCUGAGUCUUAGUUGGCUAAGCCUCACUGGACCGAUACCUGACUUCCUUAGCCAACUCAAGAGUCUCACGUUGUUGGACCUGGCUUUUAACAGCCUGUCUGGAUCAAUACCGAGUUCACUCGCUCUAUUGCCAAAUCUCGGGACACUUCACUUGGACAGGAACAAGCUCACAGGCUCCAUCCCAGAAUCAUUCGGUGCAUUUCAAGGCAAAGUACCUUAUCUUUACUUGUCUCAUAACCAACUUUCAGGCAAAAUCCCUGCAUCUCUAGGCAAAACGGACUUCAACGUCCUCGAUUUCUCUCGCAACAGGCUUGAAGGCGAUGCUUCUGUCCUGUUUGGACCAAACAAAACUACCGAAAUCGUAGACCUGUCAAGAAAUCUGUUGAAAUUUGAUUUGUCAAAGGUGGUGUUUCCCAGCAGCCUGACAUGGUUAGACGUUAAUCACAACAAGAUCUACGGUAACAUUCCCGUGCAGAUGACUCAACUCAAUCUGCAAUCCUUGAACGUGAGUUACAACAGGCUUUGUGGGCAGAUUCCUGUGGGUGGUGAUUUGCAGAGAUUUGAUCACUACACAUAUUUCCAUAAUCGUUGCUUGUGUGGCGCUCCUCUUGGAAGCUGCAAGUAGGAAUUCUUGGGCAAAUAUGCACUUCCUAAUAUCUUUAGCUAAUUGCUUUUGAGCAUCCAAAUCUGGAUUUAGCUCAAGCAAUUAUGUAUGCAAAGAUCGUUAAUUAAAUAAUUGUGCAUACUUUAAUGGUUU